AUGGAUUACGAAGUUAGUCGAAAAGUAUGGGAAUCCCAAGUUCCCGUUCAGUUCACGCUACAGGCUGGUGGCCCACUCGGUGAUCCACUUCCCUUCUACACAAUGCUUCCCAGAUUUACAUAUUUGGCGUUGGCUCUUCCGAAAGCGCUCUCCAGCUUCAAUCGUCGAGAUAGUGGCGAUCCAAUUCUUUCGGAAAAAGUAUGGUUGGAAGUGAAUGGAAGCCCAGUCAAAAUGUAUGUACCAAUUGGAGUAAUCUACGAUCAAGCGAAUCUUCUGGAAAAUGAUGCGAUUCUGGAGAUUUCCGUAAAAACGACACAACCCCCAGAGACAUUCCAAAUGGUUGAUCCGGAUAUGGUGAAGGCGAUGUUCAUGCAAACAGUUAAAGAAGCGGAUUAUUUGAAAACGAAAUCAGAUAUCACCAAUAGUAUGAUGGUGGACGAAAUGCCGCAAUUGUGGAGAAGUAUUACGAAUAACAACUUUGACGAAUAUUGGACAAUGGUUCAAAAGCUGAUGGAUCCAAAAGAUGGAAAAGAUUUCACGCAUGUUCCAUUGAGAGUUUAUGUAAAAAAUCAACCAUUUAAACAGGCGCUGAUCACUCUGAAACAUCCCAAUGGAUCACUGCGAACAAUAGGAGAAGCCGUUUCCGAUGUUCUCCAACUCUCUCCGUCUUCUGAAGCAUCGACUCCAACUUCCGAAUCGUCUGCAUCUUCUGGUGCGACGACAUCAUCCACUUCUCCAAAUUCAGAAGAACGUCGUCUGAUCUCACACGGAAUCGACAUUCCCGCUCACACCCCAUUGAUUUUCGCUUCAAAAAACUUGUCCUACCCCGAUAACUUCGUUCACAUUGUGAUCGCUUCCAACUGA